AUGGGACCACCUGUGAUUCAUAUACUGGUCAAUGCAAAACCUACAAGACUUCAAGAAACUGACGACUUAACCAAAAUUGCAUCGUCCCAUGGAGUACAUUUCACUCCACUCGCUUCGGCGUUUAUUCCUUUCAACUCAGAUCUUUCACUACCUCUCGAGUUCAACUUUAAAAUCAUACCAUCCGCUAAUACUCUUAAUGGAAACAUCGCUCUUUUCACUUUCCGAAACGCAGAAACCAACGAACUCAAUUACUUAAAGCUAGAGAUUUCGAUGGGAAAUAUUGUAGCUAGUUAUGUGGAGAAUCUGGGAUCUCAAAUGAAGUGCAUCCGCGCGAAUAAAAUGAUUGAUGGUUCCCCACUUUGGAUCUGGGUCAUAGUAACAGAGACAAAGAACCUCCGUAUUCGAGUGGCAGAUUCAAGGGACUUUAGUGCCUCUACAGGUGAAGAUUUAAGGAAGAUCAGUUCUCAGGAAUACAGAGAUUUUAUCGAUAACAAAGCCACUGGUCUCGUUCUUGGGUCCUCUACUAACUCAGAUACACCGGACAAAAUUUACGGAUUUUCUGGAUGCAUGGCCGAUGUGAGUGUCCAGAGGAAUCCAAAGGUCGGGAAAGUGGAGAAGUAUGUCCUCAUGUUGAAUGGCAAAUCUGAAGUGUUGACCUGGAAGAGGCUUCCUAGUGAUGGAGUCAAAACUUGUGGUGGGAAUGUAAACAGUCAGGUGUCGACAUUAGAAGGAAAAAAUUUUAUGAAUUGUGGAGCUCAAAACCCGUGCAAGAAUGGUGGGGAGUGUGUAUCAGCGGCGAAUGGUGACUUUGAAGAAUGCAUCUGCCUUCCCGGUUGGCAAGGAACUUAUUGUGAAUCCGAGGUGACGAUAAUUCCGGAAUUCAAUGGAAACGCGUAUGUUCAGUUGCCGGGACCCAAGGGACCAGAGACACUAAAUAAGCGAAAAAUGCAAAUGGAAAUCAUUUUCUUGAGAAAACAAAAUGAGGGUAUCCUAUUUGCGAUUCCACCCAAGUAUAAUGGCUCUGAGUUCCUGGUAAUCCGCGCCGAAGCCGAUGAGUGUGUGAAGGUCUACCUUCGUGUCGGUCGCAUCGAUCAAUUCGCGCGAAGGAAUUUCUAUGGUUGGCUACGACAAAAAUUUGGACCGAGACAGCGUCUAUCGAUAGCAAAAGUCUGCCGUGUUAUUCAUGAUCAGUGGCACAGACUGAUUAUUGAAAAGACAGGCGCAUACUUGUCUGUCAGCUUUAAUGGUCAAUUAGCCUCCCGAAUACGACUGUUGCCACAAGGACUACCAAGAUCCAAACCAGAAUUGCGAAAAGCCCUUAUGAGUUUCGAUCUAUCAAACAGUCCAGUUUAUCUUGGAGGAAUCCCGGAAUAUGAGAAUUAUUUCCUCAACGACAUUCUACCAUCCAAAGAGUCCUUUGUCGGAGCUAUUCAAAAGGUCAUUCUUAAUGGAGCUGAGCUGAUCCUAGCUGGACCCUCGCCGAUCCGGGAUCAUGAAGUGGAAUAUUGGGUAGGAGUUGUUCAAUGGCAAGGAGCACCGUGUGGCGAGAAGUAUUCCUCCUGUUCAGCGGAUCCUAACUCCCUUCAACACGUUUGUCGGCCUUAUAUGGACACAUAUGCAUGCGCCUGUUCUACACCUUACACUCACAUGUCCAUCGUAAGGCAAGUUGUUGCCUCUAUGGGAGAAGUCGAUUUCACCCACAACGCCACAGCCCUGCGGGAGAUUUCACAAAGAGCGGAGGAGAUCGCUUGCGAAUUCAAUGCGGCUAGAUUUGUAACACCAGUGAAAGACCUUCAACAUGACGAUCCACUGAAAGAUAACGAACCAGUCCUUUCAUUUAAACAAGGGCAUCAACAAAGAGAACGACCCAAUUCUGCACAAAAUACUCCUAUUUCGGCCCAAAACAAUGCACUCAAAUACCAAUCGGCAGUCAAAUUUGGGGGACAAACUGUGAUCAGUUAUCGAAAUUAUGUACCAAAGGAAGAUGACUUUGACAGCAUUCGACUUGAGUUCAAAUCGGAAUCAUCAGAUGGCAUUCUGUUAAUGAUACCUGAUAAUCAAUACCAAUUCAAAGAAUAUCUAUGUCUUUUCUUGAUCAAUGGCAAAUCAGAAGUGCACCUAAAUUUAAGAGGAUUCGAUUCGUCAUCGUUGCAGAUUCUUAAUGUAAAAUCCGAAAUUAACGUUGCUGAUGGCGAAUGGCAUUCAAUUGAAAUUAUAAGAUCUCGAGGAAAGGUGUCGCUUAUCGUCGACAACCACUUGAGCUCAGGCGAGCUUCUGAAUAGUGAUGGAAUAUUACAUAAUGACGGCAUUGUUUGGCUGGGAGGAUCCCUGGAGCACGUUGGCUCAAUGCCUUUGCAUUAUCAGCGCAACUUCACCGGAUGCGUUUCUACUCUUUUCUUUAAUGAGGUCUCUGUUGAUUUACUCGGAGGUGCAGAUAUUCUCUAUGGCGCAAUUACACCUUGUUAA